GGUGCGUAGAAUCCGCUCCGCAAACAAGCAUACACAAUUGUGUUCAAAUGGAGACGCACACUAUUCCCAACGGUGCUGCUGAUUUCGACAACCUUAAGCGCUCUGUUGUGGACUCUUUGGUGGCGGAGACUGCUAUUCUUGCUGACAAGUCUCUUCUUUUUCUACUUUUACUGGUUUGGUCUUCAACUGACAAAAAUAAUAUACUUCUGAAUUCAGUGAGAACAGAUAGGUUUCCAACUUCCGACCUUAAUAAAGUGAAAGAGCCUGAUGCUGAAAACAACGAUGCAGGUGAAGCAAAGGAUGACAAAGACAGUGAUGAUGACGAUGAGGACGAGGACAAUGAUGAAGAUGAUGGUAAUGACUCGGAAGAAGAUAGUGAUGAUGAUGAAGAGGAUUCUGAUGAUGAGCUUGAGGCUGCUGGUUACGGAGAAAGUGAUGACGAUGAAGACGAAGACGAUGAAGAUGACGACAGUGAUGACGACGAGGACGACGACAGUGAUGAUGACGAGGACGAUGAUGACAGUGAAGAUGAAGAUGACGAAGAGCAAUUCAAGUUACCUUCGCAAAGAAAGAAGUGAAUUAACCCUCUAUUUUUUACUGUUUCCUUGGGGACAGGUGCACGCUGCAUACUCAUUCUUAUUAUGCGAAAUUUUGUUUGGAUCAAAGCCUUCAAUUUGAAAUACAAAGGGCUUCUUUUCCUUUGAUGGAAAUAUAUCUCUUUAACUACAGUGGCUCACUGCCUCGUAUCUAUAUUUGUGAAUGCUUCUCAUCUCAACUCUUUAUCUUCUACAAUAUUGUCAAUCUUUUAAAUGGGAACUAGCUAUAGUUGGGCUAUAGUUGGGUGUUGGAUUUUGAG